AUGAAUACUUUUCAUAAAUUAAGUAUUCUAAUUUUAUCAAUAGUUUUUUUAAUUGUUGGUACAAAUGCAUUGCUGAGUGAACCAAUUGUUAUGGACCAAAACACUGGAUUCCAAUUACAAUGGGAAAUAGACAAUGGUACUAUUACUUUUGCAGUGUCAGCCAAUGUUCAAGCCUGGAUUGCAAUUGGUUGGCAUACCUAUGGUGAUACCCAACCAAAGGCUAUGGUGGGUGCCGAUUUUGUUGUUGCAACAUUCGGUGGUCAAGCCAAUGUUCAAGUCUGGGAUAUGGUUUCCACACCGGGCGGUGGACCACCUCCAAUCAACGAUACAAGCAGUGCCGUCAACGGUACCUACGAUAUCCUCUCGUACAGUGGUUUCCAAACCUCUGAUUAUUCCUAUUUCAUUUUCUCGAGAAAGUUGGUCACCGGUGACAAAGCUGGUGAUAACGACAUCGUUGUUGGUCCAGCCGGUUUGGAUGUAGUUUGGGCACACGGUAGCAGCAACGACUGGGCCGGUCACGGCUAUGGUAAUGCCGGACGUCAAACCAUCGAUUUGGGAACCGGUAGCACUCCACCCCAACAACCAGAUUGGUUCGGAUAUCACGUCGGAUUUAUGUUCUUCACUUUCGCAGUGUUGAUGCCAUUCGGUAUUUUCGUUGCUCGUUACCUCAAGGAGUCACAUAUGUGGUGGUUCCCAAUUCACAUUUUCGUUCAAGUUCUCGGCUUGAUUUUCACAAUCAUUGGUUUGGCAAUGGCUCUCAAGAUGGUCGGUGGAAUCAGUAUGGCAACUAACCAUGCUAUUCUAGGUACUACCACUCUCUGUUUAUUCUAUAUUUCUAUUUUCUUGGGUGCCACUUCGCAUUUCAUGUGGAAUCCACAAAGAGAAAAGACACCACUUUUCCCAGAUAUCAUCCAUUGGAUUGGUGGACGUCUCACAUUGGUAUUUGGUUUCGUCACUAUCAUUCUCGGUAUGCUCUUGGCACAAAUCUCACAGGGUAUCAUUGUUGUUUUCGGUAUAACAUUUGCCUCCUAUUUCGUAAUCUUUGGUUACAUUGAAUUUUACAAAUGGAAAUGGCCAACCAAGCCAGAUGGAUACCAUUUAGUCAAUGGUAGUUUCUAA